AUUUAACUCAAUCUUAUCGCUAGGAAUCGGUAAUUUGAUCCUUGAAUUCAAUCAUUUUGUAAAUCAUUUUAAAAUUAGCGGUGCUUUUUUCGUUUGCCAUUAAAUAAAAAAGAAAGAAAAUAAAAAUCCAAAAAUAGCGUAUGAAAAAAACAUCAAAUCGAUUGUUAGAAAUCUUCAAGCAUUCUUUAUUUUCCACUGUCCGAAUCAGCAUAGGUAGGAACUUCACACCGGUUGAACGUUCAACGGACAUCCCUAGUUAAGAUUUCGUAUCCGUACCCGCCUGCUGGACAAUGCAGCGCGGCAACGGCGGUGGCUUGCUUCGAUCGAUUCGUCGGUGUAGGUAGACUGGUAGUUGUGCUACCGCCGUGGGUACGUUCGUGCUGCCGCUGCAGUAACGAUUGCUGAAUACGAAUAGCAGAUGGAAACGAAAUAAAAAGCACGUUCGGGUUCGUAUUCAGCAUCAUUCGUUUUUCGUCAGUGAAGCCGUGUGUAUCACGAAGUUAGAGCGCUGCAGUGCAAUCGCCAGUAGAAAAGUAGAUCCUUCUAAGAGGAGACCAUGCAUUCCUAUUUAUGGGAAAAUAAUGGUAGUGAUCGAGAUAUGAUUAUAUAAGAUGAAUUAUAGAAGUGAUUUGUGUCGGAACAGAAAAGUAUAUCGAAGACAAGGCGAAUGAAUAUAUUUUAACCAGAAAAGUGAAGUGUCUGAAGCAGCUGAUCAAAUUAUGACGCAUAGCAAGUGAAGCAGCCGGAACCUGUGAAUCCAUCGUUCAAUUCACAAAAUAGCGAUAAAUGAACGAAAAUCGAUUAUGGAACGGCUGGAUUAUGGCGUUUUCAACACAAUAUGUGCGACAUUUAGGGGAAACAGUUCGAGAAGUUUCGUGCCACGCCGUAUGAUUGAAAUUUGCAAAAAUGGCUGCCGUACGCCAUAUCUGCCGGAUAUUAGUAGUGUUCGUGUCAAAAGCAUAGAGUGUACACCGCGGUUUUAAAACUAGAAUACAAUCGUCGGUAACUCAGCAGCUAGAAGACCUAAGGAAUGUUCGCAUUAGUAAAGGCAUAUUCUAUGGCACCGAUUGAACUUUUGCCGGUAGAUCUGAAUCCCUGUCAAAUUACGGUUUGAAACGGACGAGGCGCUACAAGCACGCAGACAUACAAGACUGCGCCGGUAUGAUUGGAGAAGUCACACACACAGCAUGGGAUGCUUUCACCGCUUGGGUUUCGCGAGUCAUCGAGACAUGAGAUUCUCUGAUCGUUGAAAAAGAGCAAUAAACGGACGUCACAGGCGUGAAGUGACCCACAACGACGAGGACGGCGACGUCAGGUCUGAUCAUCUCCAACGAGGCGUAGCGGAAAAGUCAGCCAUCCAGGGCAGGGGGCCGUGCGGAUUGACUCACACUCUCUCUAUCUCUUCCAUUUAAUCGCCCUUGCUGGAUCUUUGCCGAAUGAAUGGUUUGCGUUAAAUAAUGACAGGCCAGGCAGAGCGAUACGGAUCUCCCUGAACCAGACCCCAUCCUUGCUCCUGGCUGACGACGCUCUAAUCCGAAGCGCACAUAAUGCCAUUAAUCAAGUUGAUUAUUAUUAUGAAUGUAAUUAAGUGGAAAAUGUGUGCAAACGAAGAGGAAAUAUUUUAAUAGCCCUUGAGAAGCAGUCGGUCCUAAGUGGAAAGGGCCGCCCGCCAAGUAAAAGUGACGAAGCAGCUGAGCGUCUUGCUUGACUCGUUCGGUGCUUGUUGUGAUUUCUUGCUUUGGUCCUGUUUUAAGUGACUGUGAUAUUUUUAGGCCCGACGCGUGACCUAAGGCACGAAACCAUGGCGCUUCGUUGGCUUGAGCUGUGUUUUAGAUAUAGAUUAGUGUUAGUAGGUUUUUUCGUUGUGAUUUACUGUGUGAGCAAAGCUGCCGCAAAUCCUGGAGGCGAUGGAUCUUCUGGGACGCUCUCCCAGUACGAUGACUACCAUUCUGGCGGUGGUCAUUACCAGCACAAUGCUUACUACCAGCAGCGAAGAAGACAUCACUACCGAGAAGGUCAGCACCGGAGGUCGUCCUAUCGGAGAAUUCGUGCCCCACACGAUGGUCGCGGAAGAGUAAAAAAGAGCGGAGUGGGGGUCGUUGAGGGAAUCCUCGCACAUGACUCCCCCAUUAACGACAUCAUCCGACAAGCACGGGAACGCAAGCCCAACAUCAUUCUUAUACUGACCGACGAUCAGGACGUUGAACUUGGCUCGCUGAACUUCAUGCCGCGCACUUUGCGGCUCUUGCGACAGGGCGGAGCUGAGUUCCGUCAUGCUUACACGACCACCCCGAUGUGCUGCCCGGCACGGUCCUCGAUCCUAACCGGAAUGUACGUCCACAAUCACAACGUGUUUACCAACAACGACAACUGCUCCAGUACCACCUGGCAGACCACCCACGAGACCCGCUCGUUCGCGACGUACCUCUCGAACGCGGGCUACCGAACCGGUUAUUUCGGCAAGUAUCUCAACAAGUACAAUGGCUCGUACAUCCCGCCGGGGUGGCGCGAGUGGGGUGGGCUCAUAAUGAACUCCAAGUACUACAACUACAGCAUCAACAUGAACGGGCAGAAGAUCAAGCACGGGUUCGACUAUGCCAAGGAUUACUACCCGGAUCUGAUUGCCAACGAUUCGAUUGCCUUCCUGCGGCAGAGCAAGCACCAGAACCACCGGAAGCCGGUGCUGUUGACGAUGAGCUUCCCGGCACCGCAUGGACCGGAGGAUUCCGCGCCGCAGUACAGCCACCUGUUCUUCAAUGUGACGACACACCAUACGCCCGCCUACGACCUGGCACCGAAUCCGGACAAACAGUGGAUCCUCCGGGUGACGCAACCGAUGGAGCCGAUCCAUCGCAAGUUCACCGAUCUGCUGAUGACGAAGCGACUGCAAACGCUCCAAUCGGUGGACGUGGCCGUCGAGCGGGUCUACCAGGAGCUGAAGGCCCUGGGCGAGCUGGACAAUACCUACAUCAUCUACACGUCCGACCACGGGUACCAUCUGGGCCAGUUUGGGCUGAUCAAAGGCAAGAGCUUUCCGUUCGAGUUUGACGUGCGGGUUCCGUUCCUGAUGCGGGGACCGGGCAUCGAACCGGCCAGUGUGGUUGACGAGAUUGUCUUGAACGUGGACUUGGCACCGACGUUCUUGGAUAUCGGAGGAGUGGCACCACCGCCGCACAUGGAUGGCAAAAGCUUCCUGCCGUUGAUAUUGAACCGGCACAGGAACGCGAUAGAGAAGUGGCCCGAUACGUUUUUGAUUGAGAGUUCUGGACGAAGGGAGACCCCGGAGCAGAUGCAGGAGCAAAGGAUGAGGGCGGCCGCGGCAAGGUACAGUGCACGGAUGAAUGCGGCCAACUCGACGGUGGUAAAAGUGGAUCAGCUUGAACAAAGUGUGGCCCCGAUGCUGGACGUGGUCACCGAGAGCGAAAGAAAGGACGAAGAAGUGACGGUAGAUUUCGGAUCUCACGAACAUGAUGAUGAUGAGGACGAUGGCGACGAAGAUCAUGAAAUUGAUGAUGAUCAUCCGAUUGAGGACACCGACACAGAAAUGGCAGAAGCUCGCCAAGAUCAGGAAGAUUAUGUCAUUGAUCAUCAAGAGGCUCAACACUUUACAGGUGGCGAAGCCCAUCACGAUCCAUUGGACAACCAUCUCCCGAUGACUCCGUUCCGUUCGAAGAUGGAACGGCUCAACAACGAGUGCUCAAAUCCCACGAUGCAGCAGAACUGCGUUCCCGGUCAAAAGUGGCGCUGUAUCAACGAGGACGGACGCUGGCGUCGUCACAAGUGCAAGUUCCACCUGCAGCUGCAGAACCACUUGGCUGAAAUCAACAAACUGUCUAGUCAGAACAAGCGCAACUGCGCCUGCUUCACCCCGGAUGGGCUCAUAUACACCAAGAUCAAAUCCAAACGGGACUACAAGCAUCACAUGUUGCUGAGUGGACGCGGAACCGGGCAGCGGAACCGGAGGCAGAAACGCGAUUUGGGUUAUGAGGAGGAGUUCUUGGAGGCAAAUCCGGAGAUCAUUGGUUUAAUAGGGAUGGCAAGGUCUGUGGUGGAAUUGGAAGAGCAGCUCAAAACUAGUCAUAGUGUUGGAAGACACAAACGGGAGACAAACGGCGGAGGCCAGAUCGAGAGUGUGAUUUCCGAGCUUCAGAGUACGUUGAAGGAGAUCGAGCGAAACUUUGAGCAGAAUUCAAUUUUGAAGAAGCAGAAUUCAUCCGCAGUAGAUAAGGAGGGUCAUAGGGGAACCAAGUGUUUUAUCACAGCAGUAGGGAGGGUGAACUGUUCUAAUGUAAUCUAUGAAGAUGAGACAAGUUGGAAGAGAAGCCGUAUGCAGAUUGAUAUGUUAAUUAAAGUAUUGAAGACUAAGAUCAAUGAUUUGAAAGACAUCAAGAAACACUUGAAGGAACACAGACCUUCCAGCUUUCGGGAUGAGGACGGAGAGGAGGAUGAAGACAACCAAAGUGCAUCAUUCGAGCAAGACUAUGAAGUCAAAACUACGACCAGUACCACUACCACUACCACUACUACAACAACUUCCAAUCCAUUUUUGGAACAAGUUUUUCAUAGGAGAGAAAAUAUGAAUAGAACCAUGUCUGGGAAGCGCCCGAAGCACAAUGGAGGUUUCAGACCGAGACGUCCAAAACCUCCAAAAACAGAAGAAGAGGAAGGAACCUUAAUCGAUAUGAGUUUAUUUGAAACCGAUAGUCACAACGAAGAAUCUCUCCCUGAGCAAAUAGGCUCUAACUCAAAACCUAGUCACAGCAGAAAUGUUAGUAAUGGUCAUUUGCUAGGUGUUAAUGGAAAACAUCGCAAUCGAAAUCGUAUGGAAAUGACGACGUCUAGUUCAGUGAUACCUACGACUACUGCUGUAUUUCAAGAAGAUUUAUCUGUCUCUGGCCAUCAGUCGACAUCAGAAAAAACUGUGCUUGAAAUAACUGAGGAUGUUCUAAGAUCUAUCGCAAGCUCCACUACCAUAGGCUACCAGCACUCAUCUAGUCCGUUUUCAUCCAACCCAGGCGUUGAGAAAACUUCUAUCAGUAGCACAUCCCCCUUUUCUACAUCCACAGAAGCUUCUGGUUCUGAGGAACUCGAAUCAACUACAGUCGACAUAGAUUUGUCUUUAGAAGAUGGGGACGAUUCCUUCGAUAUAGCACAACCAAACAACGCGUCCUCGCCCACCACAACGACCACGGUGGCUAACGACAUCUUCAGUGCCAACGCCAUAACGCACAAUCAAAUUCCGGUGGUCAAACACGACUCCAACCUCCCGGCAGCCGAAUGCUACUGCGAACCUGAAGUUGAUGGACCUCUUCCAGACGAGCGAGACUUGGCUCGUGAAACUCGGCGCCGCUUGAAGGAGGAACGGCAGCGGAAAAAAGAGCGCAAACGGCACCGGAAGGCCAAACUGGAGAAGGAGUGCCUUUCGGAGCGAAUGAACUGUUUUAGUCAUGAUUCUAAUCACUGGCGAACGGCACCAAUGUGGGACGAUAAGCCGUUCUGCUUCUGCAUGAACGCAAACAACAAUACGUAUUCCUGUCUACGGACGAUCAAUCAGACGCACAAUUUCCUGUAUUGUGAGUUUACCACAGGGUUAAUCACGUAUUACAAUCUUAGAACUGAUCCGUUUGAAACGCAAAACCGGGAAUCGACGCUAACUCCCGAGGAAAAGGUGGUGCUGCACGAAACGUUGGAAUACAUGAAGGGUUGUCGAGGAAAAAGUUGCACCCUGCCAAAGCAUCAAGUCGGCGGGGUCAGCGGUGCUGGUGGUGGAGCAGCAAGCAGCGGCGGCCAGACGGACUCCAGCUUGAUGGCUCCAGUAGGGGGACGGUUGCCGGGGUCCGUUGGCACGGGCAGUGGUAAACGGAAGCAUCAUCGAGAUCCUGUCGGAGCUGCUGGUGGAAACAUUCCGGUGCACUUCUCGGAUUUUGAUGCUUUGCAGAAUGGAACACCCAAGAAAAAGAUCAAAUGGGGCAAACGAAAGCAACACUGGCAACACCAACAACAGCAACAGCAGCUACAACCAGGCAAUCACCACCAACAGUCACGGGAAAAUGGUGGUGGAGGCGGCGGCGGCGGAGCUGGUACCAAUCACCAUCAGUUCCGAGGCGCCGACCAGUUCCCUAGUCAGAACCAUGAAUUUCACGGAGGUACCGUUGGAGGAUCGAAACGGAAUCGCACUAGUCGGCGUCCAAUUUGGAGGAGCACGAUCUACACUGCGUAAGCAAGCACGAAUGGCUUUUAAUACGAGAAAUCGGCUUCCGCUUGGAGGAAUCUCAUAGUGUCCAUAUGAAGCGCCCAGUAAUUUGCAUAUAAAAAAUCAAGUGAACGACUGAUGUACAUUUUUAUGUGUUGUAUUCAUGUUUAUAUAUUUUUACAAUAGGCAGUUGAAGUAGGAUAUUUUUGUAUAAUUUUAGUUAUAUUACUCAACAAAUUUUCUGUAAUAGUUGUUAAUUCUCGUUUUACAGACGUACUAGAAGAGCGUUAAUACCUUGCUAGAUUUGGUCACUGCCAUUCCCCAGGCCGUAUGUGGCCAACUUGCUUUGAUAGUGAGCGGCUGUUAUUAAGAAUUAUCGAAGUCGAAUUAUAAUUUAAUACGCAUUUCGUUCGUUGGAGAGGCUGGUUAUAUGCCAAAAAGAUGGAAGUCAUUAUCCUAAAAAAACAUUCAAACCUGUUGAUAUUGCUUUGCGCUCUGAAACGAAGUACGAUAGCACUUGCACAAUAAAAAUCAUAAGUAUUCAAUCAACGUUAGUCGAACGAUGAAGAUGAUUGCUAAUCUACCAUAAAGUAUUUAUUAUAAAAUAAAAGUAAAUAAUUUUUAAUAAGAAGCAAUCAUGCUGAAUCAGCUCCAUUUUGUAGUGCAGUGCAGAGAUUGGGCAUGUCUUGUAAUUUAAAAAUUGAAUCAAGAAUUGUUUGUUGUAGAGAUGCAAUUAGCGCGUCUGCAAGUGGCAAACAUAUUGAGUGAAAAAGCUGUUGUAAGGUCAGACUUUGUUGUACAUGAGUUACUAACUAAUUCACCAUAGAUUGUGCUUCCUUAACGCUAGUAUUUUGCAGGAAUCGAAAAUGACUGUUUUCCAUAAUCUUUGAAGACUAUGUUUGCACGGAGGCAAAGGUGGGGGAUUACAACAGAAGAAUGUAGUAGGAUAGAAUGAGCUGUCCUGGUUGCUUCAAAGUAUAAAUAAAACUGUAGAUUCAUUA